ACCUCGCACACGUGCAACCGUUUAAAAGUGUCGUCCUGCUCGCAGCGGUUCGUUAGAUGUUCACAGAGGCAGCUGGGUUCCCAUCCGCUGCUCUUCCCUCAUUUAGUCGGGCAGGAAAACGGCUAAAAUGCUGCCGGACGCCUACGGUUGCGCCGUUGCUAACCGGUUCGGGAAGCUUCUUGACGACGACGCGGACCCGUUCGAUUUGCUCAAUGAAGCGGAGAUAGAGAAGGAGAAAAGGAAGAAGAAAGAGGAGCAAAAGAAAACCAAGCAGAAAAAACAUGGCCAGAAGGAAUCCCAGAAAGACAGACGCGUCCCAGUCGCGCCUGACGGCCAGGACCCGCUCACAGGCCGUAAGCAGCAGGCACGUGUUGGACCGGCAGCAAAUGAGAGCAGAGGUGGCAAAGUGGAGGCUCAGAGGGGCAUGAAGAGAGCUGCCUUUGGGGAGCGUAGGGCCAACCAAGAGCAGCACCCAGAGGACUACCCGACCUCUAAGCCUUUCCAUGAUGUAGACUCUGAGCCCAGAGGCAGAGGCGGGUUCAGAGCCGGGAGAGGAGGGAGAGGUGGAGGAUACCUGAGAAAUCCGGACAACUUCAACCUGAGGGGCAAGAGAGAAUAUGAGCGCCACAGUGGAACAGGCAUCUCCCCUGAGGAGAAGAGAGGAGGCAGAGGACCGUGGAACUGGGGGUCUGUUCAGGAUACUAUGGGUGAAUUGAUGGAGGUGACAUCAGAUGCUCCAGUCAAACCUGAAGAGCCUCAAUCACCAGUCGAAGGAGAGGAUCAAACGUCUGAGGUGGAUGGAGAAAUGGUGGUCCAGGUUGCUGUGGAGAUGACACUGGAUGAGUGGAAAGCCCUGCAGGAGACUAGUCGUCCCAAGGUGGAGUGGAACCUCCGCAAGGCUGACAGCAAGGUCCCCUCCAAAGCCCGGGUCAUCCACCAGUCAAAGCACAUUGAGAAUGCCAAGGGAAGUGAGGAGGACAUGGAGGAGGAAGGCCACUUCUUGCGUAGGUCUGUGAAUGACAUCACUGACCGUCUGGACAUCAAUUUUGGGAGCCUGGGACGCCCAAGUCGCGGUGGAAGAGGGAGAGGAGGAAGAGCUGGUCUGUCUCGUUGCCCAGAGAUGGCCAAACCCAAAUUGGAGAUGGUUUAUGGUCUGGCUCCUAACCCGGAUGACCCAGACGACUUCCCAGCACUGACAGCAAGGAGAUAACUAUCUGCUGCUGUGGAAAUUCACUUCUCUUCACAUUUGCCUGCUGGUGAAAAUGGGUUGCACUUGCACUUGCUAGAUAUUUAAUCACUGUUAAUGUGUUCCUGCUGUUCAAGGUUUGGGUUUUAUCAUCCCUUACUUUUUCUGAUAUCCCACUGAAGGCACUGUUCAAUGUUCAGGUCCUGGAAAAUAAAAUGCCUUUUGCAAGCU